UUUUGAGGCGGCAGAAGCGCUUCAAAGAUGAAAAGAAGGAAUCAAUAAGGCAAGCGCAGAAAGCGGCUCACACGCACGGACACCACGGCAGUGGGCACGAUAAACGCGAUCAUUCCCACGAAAAGACUUCAGUAGGCGGCGGCACAGGGGAAGAGAAAGAGAUGCGUGAUGAAUUGUUGGCGCAAUUGCAUGCGGCGCCAGAGCUCUGCCUUCCCGAGCACACGCCACUGGCGCUGGAACAUUACGCCCAGCUGAAGCAGGAGCCGACUGGCUACGCGCCCGCGCCGCACCCGUUCAGCAUCACGCGGCUGUUGCCCGGCGCCGACACCAAGGCAGACCUGAAGAUGUACGACGUGAACUAUGGGUACGGGCACGCGCCGGCCGACAACUACUACCAGUCGCCGCUGUACCACCACCACGCGCACGCCCACCCGCAGCCUCCCUUGUGACAGUAUCCGCUGGCCUAGGCCCGCGGCCCCUGGCCUCGCCGGGUGGCCCAAACGCCCUCAGGAACCAGCGAACUUCUCUUCAAAUAACGGACUCCAUGUGAGCGUGUUGUGUUCUUGUGAUAAGGUAGCCUUGUAAAUUGUGUAUAUAAUCUGAACGUGAGCGCACCGACGCACGGGCGGCGGCCCCGAUAGGCCUAACUGUUAGUGGACUCUCGGAAGUGUCCUUUGUAAUUUUGCACGGACGCCCAUUCAUAUACCACUUAUGAUUAUCGAAUUUAGAAAUAAUACGUUAGUCUAAAUUAUCUUGCACAUGAUACUUAUUUCAAACUUGCAUUACGCUACUACAAUUAAUAAAUUAAUAUCUAUACCUAAGUGAAUCCGCCCAAAACAGAAAUAUGGCAUUAGACGCAAGGAAUGACUUCAACAAUUUGAUCGAUAUUAUUGCUAUCGAUAUUAUCUUUACCUAUUGAUAUUUCGAUAAACUAUCGGGCGCGUUGAAAUCUUUUAUUUGGUCAACAAACUUGAACUUAAAUACGCAUAUCAAAAUUUUAUUAAAUAAAUAACAUUUCGCAAUCGACAUACAUUAUUUUAAUGCGAUUGCGAGUUAUCUACUCUCAAAGUAACUUAUAGUGGAAUAAACUCAACCAUCAGUGGAAUGGGUACGUACGAAUUUAUAUAAAGUAUUUUUAUUUGUUACGAUACAAUGUAGACGAGCAGGUUUCGCGUUUAAUAUUGGUAUAUCAAUGUGCGUUACGGGUGACGUCAUAUCGCGGACAGAACUGUGCAAUGUUGAUUGUUUAAAAUGUGUAUAUUAUAAUUAAAUUAAUAGAUAGACGAAAUGGAGUUAUAGUCCUUCGACCAUCGUAUAGGCGUAGUUAAGUUUUGUAUAUAUAGAUGUAAGAUAAAAUUAUAUAUUGACUUUAAAUAUGGUGUUUGGUGUAAGAUAGGUACCUAUCUACGCUUCCGCACA